AAUUUUUUCCGUACUUUCCGCAUCAUCAAAGACAUAAAAGCUCGGAAGAAUGCAUAAGUACGCUUUGUGGUCGUUAGCGUUACUUUUGCUCCACAGCUACAAUGGCGCAAUCGUUGCGGCGUACGGUGAGGGAUGCAAUGAAUUAGUUUGUGGUUCAGUUGUCUCCAAAUGCCUUUUGACGCAGAGUUGUCAAUGUAAGCUCAGUGACUGCUCUUGCUGUAAAGACUGUUUUAAUUGUCUCGGUGACCUUUACACGGAAUGCUGCAGUUGUGUCGACAUGUGUCCUAAGCACAACGAAACGCUAAGUGCACUUUCGCCGAAAUCACAAAUUGGCGACUUCGAUGGCGUGCCCGAACUCUUCGAAACAUUAACCGCAGAAGAUGAUGACGAGCAAUGGACGGUGGUACGUAUGCCGAAACACGCUGGACUGAAGCAUUUGGCUGGUAGCUUUGGUGUCGAUAUUGACGGCGAUGCUAGUGUUACUAUUGGGGAUGCAAUUGACCGACAAGCUGCAAUACAAAAGUUGCCUUCUUCCUCCAUCAAUUGCACAGUCAUUUACUUACACGUCUGCAAAAGCAACAAAAAGUGCGCCUAUUACUGCGAGAGUAUGGGAGCCAACAGUUAUCGUUGGUUCCACGAUGGCUGCUGUGAGUGUGUAGGAGCGCAUUGCUUCAAUUAUGGCAUCAAUGAAAGUCGUUGUGCGUCGUGUCCUGAGGCGGAGGAGUAUGUGGGUGCCGAAAGCAAUGAUGAAGAUGAUGAAUCGAUGUGGGAUUACGGUGAAGAUGAUAUAAGCUAUAACUAAGUUAUUGUUGAAA